AUGUUCCCAUCGUGUUACGACAAACCCGCGGAGAGCGGAGGUAAGAGGAGCUCCAUCGCUAAGCUGCUGUUCGGUGUGUUUGUGGUUUAUAUGCUCCACACCGCCUGGCUGCUGUACGGCUUCCUCAAUACCAAACCCUGCGAUGGAGGCAGAGGAGAGCACUGCAUCAUCUCCUACCUGGCAGCAAGACCCAGACUACAGCUGAGUGUUUUCACCUGCCUCGUGCCUGACAACAGCCAACUCACCCUCGCUGUAAAAAUAGACCCGUUUGACCCACACUCGACAUAUGAAAGGCAGGUGACUGUCUCUCUGCCAGAGGAGACUCGGGCUAACGGCACUCUGUACGCAGUCAUUUAUGUUCACAAGGCUGGAGUUUCACCUCUGGAGGACAGAAGAGAGGUCCACUACACAGCUCAGCUCACCACCCCCAUUAUUCCCCCACACACAGAUGCGCAGAGAGACACACAGAAGAGGCCCAGCCCCAGAUCAGAGAAUCCUGUAUCCCACUGGAGACCUCACCUGUCAGUUACUAUGAUGUCAGAGGACUUCACCUUCAACAAGGCGGGGCUUCCCAGUGAUGUGCGGCGCUACAUGAGAGUGUCGCAGGAGGGCCGACAGAUGAUCUACCUUCCUCUGCUGCUGGUUAACGAACUCAGCUUCAGAGUCAGAGACCUCAUGGAGAUCAACAGCAGCACUGUUCAGCUCCCUCUGACUGUGUCCUAUGAGGGAAUCUCUUUAAGGAGAUUCAGGUUUUGGGUCCAUUUACAGGAUGUGGUUUAUUCCCUGCGCCAGUUUGGCUUCACAGAGGAAAACAUUGAUGAAAUUAAAGAAACUCUGGCAGGAUCCAACCUCUACUUGUUAGUGUUCACUGCACUCAUCACGGCUCUGCAACUCAUCUGUGAAUUCCUGGCUCUUAAAAAUGACAUCAGCUCAUGGAGGAAAAAGAAGAGCAUGGCGGGAAUGUCCCGGAAGUCCGUUCUGUGGCGUAGUCUGAGUACUUUGCUGAUUUUUCUACAUCUGCUGGAGGAGACCAGCCUGCUGGUGCUGCUCCCCGUCGGACUGGGAGCAUGUGUGGAGGUGUGGAAGGUGUUUAAAGUGUUUAAGAUCCAGCUGCAAUGGAAGGGCUCCAAGCUCCGUGUAAACAAGCUGGAUGAAGAAGAGAGAAAGACAGUGGAGUAUGAUACACAGGCGUCCAGAUACUUGUCCUACUUGGUCUAUCCUUUGUGUAUCAGCGGAGCUAUUUUCUCACUGGCCUACUUGCGUCAAAAGAGUUACUAUUCCUGGUUGAUCAACAGCCUGGUCACGGGGGUAUAUGCCUUUGGCUUCCUGUCUAUGGCCCCACAGCUCUUCAUUAACCACAAGUUGAAGUCUGUGAGCCACCUGCAGGGGACAGUGUUGAUGUACAGAGGAGUGAACACACUGAUCUCAGAUCUGUGCUCCUGUGCCUCCUUGUUCUCCUCUGCUGGAUCCUUCUCCUCCUCCCAUCAACUUUCCUGCUUCCGAGACGAGCUCCUUUUCCUCCUCUACCUCUACCAGCGAAGGCGGUAUGCCCCCAAGGCCAGAAGACGAGACUCUGGGACCCACAGCAGGAAAAUAAAGACUCAGUGA